AUGGUACAGGAAUAUUUAGUUCUCUUUGACCCAUCAACAACAACAACAAAUAUGGCGUCCUCCAUGAAAAUUGUACUUCGGACAGCAAAAAGCUAUUCUAGAGCAUCAUUUAUACAUAGAUGUGCUUUGAUAAGCAGGAGUUCUCACUCAAAAAGCAAUUCAGAUGACCCUGACCAUAGUUCAAGAUUACCAAGAGUAGGUAUGUCAGCAGAUGGGAGAACUUUAAUUGGUUGGCAUCCUGAACCAGAACAUCCAUAUGAACAUACAAAGCCAGUUCAAUAUGACAUGAAGGAAGUUGAGCAGGGAACCAUUUUGAAGGAUGAAUUAGUACAGGACUAUCUGACACGGUUCCGACCAGAAGGGCCAAGCAUACCAGAACUUGCUGCUAUAACUUACACAACUAAACAUCAAUGGUUACCAAAGCCAGAAAAGAAAUACAAGAAAAGAAACCCACCUAAAGACAGAGAUUCUAUUUAAACUUUGUUUCUUUAAAGUUAUAUCAUAUUUCCUUUCUGUGUUACAUUUAUAAUUUGCAACAAUUAAAUACUUUUAGUUCAAAUGGAAUUAUUUAAUUACCCAUACAACCAGUGCAGACCAAAAUCUGUCGGCACUUUCAUGCCAUCUGAUAAUGGUCUGCACUUUUCACUAUUCAGUAAGAGCAUAUUUUUAACAUUUUCUUAUGAAUCAUGAAUGGUUUUGUCCAGAUUGAAAGAUGGACAAGUCCAUUUAAACAAGGUAAGAGUUGCUAUGAUGUAUGUAGUUUAUUUAAAUUAUGAUGUGUUUACAGGUAAAAUGUAUGUUUGUAUUUUCUUACACUAAAAUAUUUUUUUUAUCUUAAUGGUUUCAAACAAAAUGAAGAAUCACAUUUGUUUAAAUUUAAUUUCAUUUACUUAAAUAAAAAGUCUGGUCAAAUUAUUUGUGAGUGAACCUUAAAUACAUGUAUACACCUUUUUAUGGACUGUAGUUGAUGUUGCAUGUAAAAAAUUUAAACGGUCAAUCUGGAUUCAUGUACUCAACAGUGUGUAUGUUUGUUUUAUGAUGUUAUUUGUUCUGUUUAGCAUUAUAUUUUGUACACCUUAUCAAAACAUUAUGUUCAAUAAAAUAACAUCAAAUACUGAA